UGCCGAAAGAUUAUUUUGGCUAUAAACGCUUUCAGUAUGUUUAUGGCGAGCGCUUCCUCGGAAAUGGCCUAUUCUCGGACUUGAACAUCAAGACAUGGGAGAUAAAGAGACGUACGUUCGCUCCCCUGUUCUACCGAAACAAACUGUUUGAUAGUUUUCACAUCCUGAAUGCAUGCUGUGAGAAAUUUCUCAAAAAGUUGGAAAAAUACGCCGACGGCACAACUGUCAUCUCUCUUGCUGAUGAAUUUCUUUUAGUGACCCUGGAGACAAUUCUUAAGUGGGCUUGCGACUUGCAGUUGAAAGACGACGAGUGGAAUCUAUUUGAGAAGAAUUUUAAGAACGCACUGAAAGGGAUCUCUCUAAGUUUCACCAGUCCUCAAAGUCAAUUCACACCAUGGUCAAGUUUGAGACGUGAAUGCGAGCAAGGCGCUCGAAUCACAAGAGCUGUUGUAAAGCAAGUCGUCGAGAAAAGAGAAAAAGAAAUGAGAAACGGGUGUGACACGCGAGAUGAUCCGUUAUCCUAUGUGUUCAAACUUGAAGAAGCUCUGCCUGAAUGUGAUAUUGAAGAUUUGGUUGACAUGGUCGUUACAAUCGUUUUUGGAGGAAUGGAUACUACGGGUAACAGCUUAUGCUUUACUGCUCUAUCUAUUGGUUUACAUGCAGACGUUGAAAACAAGCUUCGAAAAGAAAUAGAUGAAGUGAUUGGUGAAUUAGAGGAGAUCACAGCCAAAGAUAUUAUGGCAAUGCCAUAUCUCGGUCAAGUUGUGAAGGAAUCGCUUCGCUUGCAUCCCCCGACACCAGCAAUCACAAGAAGAACCAGUUACGAAACUUUCAUUGGAAAAGUCAAAAUACCAGGAGAUGUACCUGUUAUGGCAAAUCCGUAUGUUAUUCAAACGCAUCCGGAUUACUGGAAAGAUCCUCAUUCUUUUAAUCCAGAUCGCUUUGCUGAUCCUGAAUUAGUUCAUCCCGCCGCAUAUUUUCCCUUUUCUCUCGGUCCAAGGCGUUGUAUUGCACCACAACACGCGGAAUUGCAAUUGAAACUCAUCAUAGCUCGUCUUUUAAAGAAAUUUAAAUUCAAAUUGCUGCCUGGUCAGACUUUGAAGGUUGCUGAAAAUAUUAGUUUUGGCCCUGUUGGAACUGUUCGCUGCACGCUAACGCUGGCGAGCGAAAGUUAGAUGACAAAAGAUACAAGAUGCACACUCAAACAUUUGAUAUUUGCAUUAUGUACAUUUGCAAACUUUUCUCUGAUUGCGUCCCUUCUUAACUUUGUUUUGCAGGAAUUUGGUGGUCGCCAAAGAAAUUUAAAUGAAUUGUUCAUUUGUUGAUUGCUCCUGUGUUUUGUUUUUCCUCACAACUUAGCUACAUCCUUUUUCUGUUGCUCGUGUUGUUUACGGACUUAAUUUUUUACCAUGCUAUUCAUGUUGUUCUUCCACUUCAUAAACAUACAUUUCAAGGGAUGACCAAGAAAUUAGGUCGUCUAUACGUUGCUAAACACAACCUGUAUGAUUACGGAAUACAAAUGAUACGUUUACCUGCGAAUACCUCUAGUGACCUCUUAUAAGCAGAAACCUCUCGUAAGCUGACACUCUGGUUGUGGUCUCAACGGUUUUUGUUAAUACCGUACAGUGUCAAAAGUUGCCCAACCCUUGAAAACUGAAUUUUUUCAAAGUCAUGAAACAUACAUACUGUAAAGGUAUAUAGGGAGAAAAAAUCUGUCUGAAGAAAGUGCAUUCAAUCGUUCGCUGAUUUUGAAAAUUACAGUCCCAUAAUGAGCACGCUCCUAAACCAUGUACGGCAUUCCCUGAAAAAUCAUAGCCGCCUUUGAGGCAAGUGAUUUCUAAAGGGUGGCUACUUUCGACACUUUAUCACUGAUGCAACAAAAAUGACUGAAGUCAUGAAUAGCUGGCGAAAGUGGAUAUUUUUGCUUAUAUUUAAUACUGGCUUAUAAAAAGUGUAACGUAUCCUUUUAAUACUUGCUGUAUGAUUAAUUUUAGAUGUCUAUAAUUUUCAUGAAAAUUUAAAAUAUUUAGUUAUUUUUGC